UCAGGUGGCAGAUGUGGUGUUCGUCAUCGAAGGAACCGCAAACCUCGGCCCUUACUUUGAAUCCUUAAGGAAGCAUUACAUCCUGCCAGCCAUCGAGUUUUUUAAUGGCGGCCCCCCUGCAGAAACCGACUUUGGGGGAGAUGUUGACGGAGAAUCUGAUGACCGGACGUGGUUCGGCAGCUGAUUCCUCCAUCAGGGAACCACAAAUGAGAAGCAUCUGGAAUGACACGUCUCACGUGAUGGAGGAAUCUCCAAGUGGUAUUGGUUUGCUGACUGAAGAGGGCGAGAUGGGACGUAGGAUUUAAGGAGCUCCUCUUGAUAAAAUUAAGUGCCUGUCCGUCAAUGGAUCUGACUGACAGUACCAAGGACUUCUAAUGGGAGCCAAUGAAGUUGGUUUGACAGCACAAGCUGAUAAACCUGCAAUUAGAGAGUUAGGCUAGUCCAAUCACGAGGUAACAAGUGCCUGGACUAGAAGCACUUCUGUUUAGGCCUUUUCUGCAUAAUCAGAAAAGGCCUGAUCUUCCAGAUGUUAUUCAGUGUGAAUCUGCUAGAUCAGGAGAUUGCUGUUAUGUUGUCAGCAAAGGACAGCUGGUAAUCUAUCAUUACUCCUAGGUUCCUAGCGGACCAUGAUGGAGACAGCGCUGGUGAUCCAGUUCGUACAGAGAUGUCAUGAUGGAUGAUAGGGCUGGAAGAAAAGACAAGGACCUCAGUUUUGUAAUGUUUUAGCUGGAGGUGAUCAUCCAUCAUCCAGGCUGAGAUGUGACUGAGGCGUGCAGAGAUCAGAGCAGAGACUGGUGUAAUAGUGACCAGAGCAGCCGUGUGGCUGGAUGAUCUGACCUAGAGAGGAAACAUAAAGAGAGAAGAGGAGGGGACCAAGGACAGAGCCUUGGGGAAUACCAGUCAUUACUUGAUGUGACUUUGACACCCUUGCACCUCAAGCCACUAGGAAUGAUCUGUCUGCUAGGGAUAUAGUGAACCAGUGUAGUGUAGUCCCUUUGACGCUAAAUUGGGUUAGGGUGUUCAGCUGGAUUUGAUGAUGAACUGUGUUAAAGACUGCAAAGAGGUCUAGCCGUAUCAGGACGGACAACUGUGAUGCCGCUUUUGCAGCUCUCAGGGCAUCCACAACAGGGAGGAGGGCAGUUACGGCUUAGUGUCCAAGUCUGAAGCCUGACUGGAGAGGGUCCAAAAGAAUUUCUGCUUGAGAAAUUCCGACUUGACGGAGAAGAGCACGUUUAAAAGUUUUGGACAGAAAUGAAAGAAGGGAGACUUGUCGAUAAUUCUGUCUGAGAAGGGUCAAGUGAGGGUUUCUUAAGCAGCGGUGUCACACAAGCCUGCUUAAAUGCGGAAUGUGCCAGUUGUAAGAGACGAGUUAAUCGGGUGAGUAAGUGCAGGGGACAGGGUCCCGGGCACUCGUGGUGGGCCAGUGGGCGAGAAGGUUAGGGGUACAUGAACGGAAAAGAAGGACCAUGCCCAGAGGGCUGCAUGCAGGUUGUGGGUCCGGAGAACUGGCUGGCGAUAACUCUCAUGAAAAUAAAGUAGCGAAAUCAUUAGCAGUCACUGUGCCACAGACCUAAUGAAUGCUACUUGGAGAAACACAUUUUGCUGUAAUCCUGUUUCCUGUCUCGCCUCCAGCCCCCCUCCUGUAAUCCUGUGUCCUCUCUGGUCCCGCCUCUCAGUGCCCUCUCCGGUAAUCUGGGGUUGUUGCUUUGUGUUGAGAAAUAUGUCAGACGCAUUUUUAAUUUUCUGUCUCCCAGUAUGGAGGAACACAGUACAGCCUGGUUGUGUUCAACACGGUGGACUGUGCCCCCGAGUCCUACGUGCAGUGCCACGCUCCUACAAGCUCUGCCUUUGAGUUUGUCACAUGGAUCGACAGCAUCCAGUUCAUGGGGGGCGGGGCCGAGAGCUGCAGCCUGAUUGCUGAGGGCCUAUCUGUGGCCCUGCAGCUCUUUGAUGACUUCAAGAAGAUGCGGGAGCAGAUAGGUCAGACGCACAAGGUGUGCAUGCUGCUGUGUAACUCGCCGCCGUACCUCCUGCCUGCCGUGGAGAGCGUCAGCUACACCGGCUGCACGGCCGACAGCCUGGUGCAGAUCAUCCGUGACAGAGGCAUACAUUUCUCUGUAAUUUCCCCGCGGAAGCUGCCCGCCUUGCAGGCCCUCUUCGAACGGGCAUCCCCUAUUGGCGUCCCGGCAGACACCUCACACCCAGACUACAGUCAAGACCCCCGUCACAUGAUCCUGGUGCGGGGCAUCGCUCUCCCUGUUGCUCAAGGCGGAGGCUCAGCUGUAGGCCCUCUGAAGCCAGUUUUACCCUCUCAGCCCAUGUCUGGCAAUCAGCCUCCUAUGGGCGGAGCCACACAGCCUCCUCCUCCAAUCAACACAUCCCACCAGUAUCAGACUUCGCCAUCUCUCACUGCCGCCCAGGUUGCUGCCCAGAUGGCCGUGGAGGCUGCCCACAACCAGAAGAGGCCCUUUCCCCCAAUGGGAAACCCCGGUCCACCCUUCAGUGGUCAAGCACCUUCCCUCCAACCAGUGAGCGGCGUGAAACUUGCCCCAUCUAAUCAGCCCAGUCUGGCUACAGUCACCACCAUGAUACCCCCACAGGCUCCACCCCCUCAGCAACAACCUCCACAGCAAGUACCACCCCCUGGACAACCGCCAGCAAAUCAGCAGCCACCGCAGCCCCCACAGCAGCCCCCGAUCAGUCAGCAGACUCCGCCGUCUUCUCAGCCUAGCAUGCCUGGCGUAUCUGCCCCAGCAAACUCCAAUCCGAUUGGACAGCAAGGGGUAGCCAAUAAGAUAAUGGCAUGGAGUGGGGUGCUGGAGUGGCAGGAGAAACCCAAAACAACGCCAAUGGACUCCAGCACCAAGCUGACGCGCUCACUGCCCUGCCAGGUGUACGUGAACCAUGGGGAGAAUCUCAAUGCUGACCAAUGGCCACAGAAGCUGAUCAUGCAGCUCAUCCCUCAACAGCUGCUGACCACACUCGGGCCGCUCUUCAGGAAUUCGAGGAUGGUGCAGUUUCACUUCACCAACAAGGACAUGGAGUCGCUGAAGGGGCUGUACCGCAUCAUGGCCAAUGGUUUUGCCGGCUGUGUCCACUUCCCUAACAGCAGUCCCUGUGAGGUACGCGUUCUUAUGCUGCUCUACUCAUCGAAGAAGAAGAUCUUCAUGGGUCUGAUCCCCAACGACCAGAGUGGCUUCGUCAACGGGAUCCGCCAGGUCAUCACCAACCACAAGCAGGUCCAGCAGCACCGUACGCUCACAUCCACCGGGGCCAUGCCACAGGGCCCCGUCCCACCCAACCAGAAUUUCCUUAACAGGCCCUCGGGACCCAUUCCUGUUUCCCAUGGCAACGUGCAGCAACAGUCUGUCGUUUCCGGGUUGCCCCCAGUCAGUCAGGUUACCAUGAUGGAGGACCAACAAAGGCAGUCUAACAUGAUGAGAGCCGCUGCUACAGCCAAUCAGCAGCCUCCUGUCACAGGCGCACCCCCCAAUCAGACGGCACAGGGCGGCCAGGCUCCUUCUCAGCCUCCAAUCCACCGACUCUCCAACCCGGGUGCCAAUCCACAGCUCCGCAGCCUCCUGCUCAGCCAGCAGCAGCCGCAAGGUGCUGUGUCCCACAUGCCAGCUGGAGUACUCACACACCAGGCCUUGGGGCAGCCUCUGGUUCAUGCUCCACCUGGAGGGGGUGCCCAGCUGCAACCUCAGUGGAGACAGCCACUGCCAGGCCAGAUGCUGAUGGCUCCGGGGCAGAGGAGCUCCGUGGGUCCCACUCCAGGAAUGCCCCAGGUGUCCAGUGUCAUGGAAGAUGAGAUCUUGAUGGACCUGAUCUGAGCUCAGUUCUGGUGGAACCGCCAGGGGCGGGUUCUGCCAGGAACUGCAGAAGUUUGCAGCGGCGCAAAGGCUCAUGGUUAGCGUGUAGGACAAUGGCGAGCGCCGCACUGCAACGAUGUACUGUUUUAUUUGUUCAACAUCUGUAGAUGUUAUAGCCUGAUUUCAUUGCUAAUUUUUUAUUUUGAAUUUUACCGCUCCUCUGUUGCUCUCCUUGUUUUUAAGGUUGUUUCAACCGUGGAAUAAAGGUUUUGUGUAUGAAAUGUCUUCCUGGAUCCGGGUGUGCCCAUGUAGAGUUGGGUGUGGGGUCCCAUAGCAGCCCAGAGGUCCAUGUUUUAUCUUGGGUCUCAGCCACACUUAACCGUUCAGAGAAACACCAAAAUAGAUAAACCUCAAGUGUAUUGUUUAGCAUUUGUUUCUGCCAAAUAGUGUCGGUGUGUUAAUUUUAACUCCUCCAAUAUGCUGUGCAGCCGCACAUGGCUGUGGGAGCCAGGAUGGGCCGCACCGUACCGCCAAGCAGUCUCAGCAGAUGGCGGUAUCUGGCAGUGAUUCUUCUCCCAGGCCCGGCACACUUACUGAGAGCUGACUGUACACAGAGCACACAUUAGCUUCGCACCCAUUGACUAAUUAGCGCAUGCGGGCGUGUGUCUAUCUGUGCUGGUGUGUUAGUGCACACUUGGGCCCUGUUGCACACAUCUGCCGUAUAAACAUUUACUCGCUUUACAUACGCACCUGUCCAGGACCUCACAAGCAUUGUACGCACACAGACACACACAGACAAGCAGUCAUUCUCACACACAGGAAAUGAUGUCAGUCUGUCUCAAAGGAGAUGGAAAUGGUUGCUAGGAUACUGUCACACUGGGAUCUCCCUUUUCCAAUAAGAAAACCUGUAGCCUUUCAAUGAAAUGUUUUAUUUUCUGAGUCAUCAUGCUACCUACUUCUCAGAUAGCUGCAGUGUAAGUACCACUGUUCUAGUAUUCUUGUCUGCUUUGUAUAUAUCUAUCUUCUCAGGAAAUAAAGUCAUAAGUACUGCC